AUGCUCUCUUUCAAUCAUGUAACCAAUUCGACUAUCUUGCCAACGAAAACCAUUCGAACAACGUCAUCUGCUUAUCGUCCAUUAACCAACAAUAAAAAGCAAACAAGCCGAAAACGUCCAAAGACCACUACUUUCACUACCAUUACGACUACUUCGUUUUUCUCAGUGCAUAUCACAAAUCUAACUUCUUCUACUUCUUCUUCUUCUUCAAUUUCAUCUUCCGAACAGCAGCAAGUUUUAUUAGAAGAUACCUAUUCAGCUAAAACAGGAAUCAAGAUAGCAGCUAUCCUAGGCGGCAUGUUGCUUAUGUGUAUAUUAUAUUUAAUUUGGAAAGCUCGUAGUCGAUUGUGUCGUUCUCUAUCAUCUGGAAUCCGUAAUCCGCGUCUAUCGGCAACAAAAUUCGAUUUAGAAUAUUGGCUUAAACAAGUCGAUUUACUUGAAGCAAAAGAAGCUGAACGUAAUCUUGGUAGUCAAUCUCCUUAUCUUGAACUACCAAUUGUAGAACCGCGUAAUAAUCGUGAAGCAACAGCUUUGUGGAUUGUUGAUGCCUAUCGUAAUUGGCGUCUUAUUCAAUAUCGACAGCAACAACAACUUUUUCGAAAAAAUGCUAAUCCACAAAGUGAAACUAACCCUAUAAUUUAUCGAAGGCGACUUAAUCCUAUACGUCGUCUUAUUCGACGUUUUCUUAUGCCACAUCGUCAACAUUCAUCGUUUUUACUUGAACAUUCACAGUCGCUUAUUAAUGAAGUGAGACCUAGUAUAGUGUGUAAUAAUUUUAUUCCGCCAUCACUUAUACCUAAUUUACCGAUUCGACGAACUGCUUCAUGGCCUCGUCUUAAAUCCAGUCGGCAUCAAAUAGGUGUCCCAAUGAGUGCUCUUCAAACGCAUCUGGUUAGGAAACGUCUUCUCAAACGAACAUCGAGAACUACAAUUGAUAUAUAG